AUGGAUCCGAAUUUUAUCCAGGGAUUGCACAAUUUAUUGACCCAGUCGGUCUCUAGUAACGACACGGUUCAACUUAAAGCUGCUACAGCUCAGCUGAACACCGAAUAUUACAAAAAUCCAGCAUGUAUAUCUGCCCUCGCUAGCAUCCUCGCCAGCUCUCCGGAGGUCGCUGUUCGUCAGCUCGCCGCAGUCGAGAUGCGCAAACGUAUAAAUCAGAAAAGCGGAGAUCUAUGGACUCAACUCCCUCAAGAUGAGCGUCAACAGAUCAAAGAUAAACUUCCAGAGCUGAUCCUCGCAGAACCAAAUAAUCUCGUUCGCCAUUCGGCUGCGCGGGUUAUCGCUGCUAUUGCCUCUGUAGAAAUCCCUAACGGCACAUGGCCCCAGCUACUCCCUUUCUUACAUCAGUCAUGCACUUCUGCGCAAACAAUACAUCGCGAAGUUGGCAUUUAUAUUCUAUUCACUGUCCUCGAAAAUAUCGUCGAGGGCUUCCAGGAGCACCUCCAAAGCUUCUUCAAGCUAUUUGAGUCUUUGCUCAAUGAUCCUGAAAGCAUGGAUGUGCGCGUGACGACUGUCCGGGCUUUAGGUGUUAUUGCUCAGUACAUCGAUUCUGACGAUAAGGCCGACAUUAAAUCUUUCCAAGCUCUGCUUCCCAGCAUGAUUAGGGUCAUCGGACAGUGUCUCGAGGCCAAUAACGAAACUGGCGCUCGUCAACUCUUCGACGUUUUCGAGACACUGCUUAUUCUCGAAAUUCCUAUUCUCGGUCCCCACAUCGCCGAAUUUGCCUCUUUCCUCCUUACAUGUGGCGGAAACCGUAACUUUGACGCUGAGCUCCGUGUUCUUGCUCUCAAUGCUUUGAACUGGACAGUCCAAUACAAAAAAUCCAAGAUUCAGAGUCAGAACCUUGCUCCCGCCAUCUUGGAGGGUCUCAUGCCUAUUGCAACUGAACCCGAACCCGAAGACCUUGAUGAUGAUGCUCCUUGUCGCUCUGCCCUGCGCAUUAUCGAUGGUCUUGCGACUUCCUUGCCUCCUACUCAAGUGUUCCCUGCGCUUCGUACCCUCAUCCAGCAAUACUUCUCCUCUCCUGAUCCUGCCAACCGCCGCGGUGCUAUGCUUGCCCUUGGUGUCGCAGUAGAAGGUUGCAGCGAGUUUAUGACCCCCCUUAUGAACCAUGUUUGGCCUAUCAUCGAAGCUGGCUUACAAGAUCAGGAUGCCUCGGUCAGGAAGGCAACUUGUACCGCAGUGAGCUGUCUCUGUGAGUGGCUCGAGGAAGAAUGUGUUUCGAAACACGCUGCCCUUGUUCCUGCUAUCAUGACCUUGGUCAAUGAUCCUGCCACCCAACGCUCUGCAUGCACAGCACUCGAUGCUUUACUUGAAAUCUUGCACGAUGUCAUCGAGCAAUACCUCCAACUCAUUAUGGAGCAGCUCGCUGGUCUUCUUGACACCGCCCCUCUCACUGUCAAGGCUGUUGUGACUGGUGCUAUUGGCAGUGCUGCACAUGCAUCUAAGGAGAAGUUCCUCCCUUACUUCCAGCCUACCAUGAACAAGCUCCAGCACUUCCUCGUGCUUACUGCUGAAGGCGAAGAGAUUGAACUUCGUGGUAUCACCAUGGAUGCUGUAGGUACCUUCGCCGAGGCUGUGGGUGUGGAGGUAUUCCGCCCCUAUUUCGCAGAUAUGAUGAAACAGGCAUUCCAAGGUAUCGAGAUGGGCAGUGCACGUCUCAGGGAGUGCAGUUUCUUGUUCUUUGGUGUGAUGGCGAGGGUCUUCAGGGAAGAGUUUGCGCCUUUCCUCUCCAGCGUUGUCCCUCCGCUUUUGACCAGUUGCCGUCAGGCUGAGCAUGGAGAGGAGAACGAGACUCUCUCCACUUCUGAAGCUGCUGCUGCUUUUGCCUCUGGCUCCUCACCUUCCAGCGCUAUCGCUGUGGUGGAUGAGAUCGACGCCAACGGGAACCCUGAGGUCGAACUAGAAGAUAUUGAUGUCGAAAAAAUGCUCGACGUGAACAGCGCCAUUGCUGUCGAGAAGGAGAUCGCAGCCGACACUAUUGGAACUCUAUUCGCUGCCACACGAAACCACUUCUUCCCAUACGUCGAGCAGUGCACGCUGGAGCUCGUUAGCCUCUUGCCCCAUUACUAUGAAGGUAUCCGCAAAUCCGCUACAGACUCUCUCCUUGAGAUCGUCAGGACCUUCUACGACCUUAGUGACCUCCAGGAGUGGCAGCCUGGUACUACCGUGCAAACUCCUAUCAGCUCUAGUGUCAAGGAGUUGAUUGGUCACAGCCUUCCACCUCUGCUUGAGAUGUAUGAAUCUGAGGAUAAUAAGAGCGUCGUUUCUUCGUUGUGCGUUGGGUUUGCUGAGACUAUCAACAAGAUAGGCCCUGCCUUCCUUGAAAACCAUCUCGACUCUAUCUGCAGCAUUGCUGUUCAAGUUUUGGAGCAGAAAGCUCUCUGCCAACAGGAUCCUGAUCAAGAUGAGAACGAAGAGGCUCCUGAAGAUUCCGCCGAAUAUGACUCUGUAUUGAUUUCCUCUGCUGGCGACCUUGUUGCUUCCUUGGCGAACGCACUUGGAGGGGACUUCGCACAAGCUUUCGGCACUUUCUUCCCUCUUGUUUCGAAAUACUACAAAAAGAGUCGCUCCCUAAGUGACCGUUCGUCUGCCAUAGGUUGUCUGGCAGAGAUCAUCGCAGGAAUGAAGAACGCUGUCACGCCGUCAACUGAACCCCUGCUUGAACUCUUCUACCGUGCUCUUGGUGAUGAGGAAGCUGAGGUACAAAGUAACGCCGCGUUUGCUGUGGGUCUUCUUGUGGAGAACUCAGAAGUGGAUCUCUCUCCUCAAUUCCUUCCUCUUCUCGCUGCAUUGCGUCCGUUGUUCGAUGUAGCACCUGAUGCUUCUCCCGCACGGCUGAACUCCAAAGACAAUGCUGCUGGUGCAGUAUCGCGUCUCAUUGUUCGCAACACAGCAGCUGUUCCUUUGGACCAGGUCCUUCCCGUCCUGAUGGAGAGCCUACCCCUCAAAAAUGACUACCUCGAGAACCGCCCUGUUUUCCGCGCGCUGUUCCAUCUCUUCCGCACGAACCCACAAGCGCUGUACCCCUUCAUGGACAGAUUGCUCAUGGUCUUUGCCCACGUCUUGGACCCUAGUGGCGUUGACCAAAUCGGCGAUGAGGGCAGGGGUCAACUGAUCAACCUCGUUGGGGCCUUGAAUGCAGAGGAUCCUGCUAAGAUUCAGGCCGCGGGGCUAAGUGCUUUCGUUCCUGGAGCGUGA